AUGAGCAAGCCCUCGUCGACUUCCGACAAAGCUCCUAGCCAAGCCCCUGCUAACGCGUCUGCCUGGUCCCGGGGUCCUCCCGCGUCCAACCCUUCCUCAAACGUGGCUUCUAGUUCCCCUUCGCCGUCGAAUGACGCUCCAGGUUCCAACCCUGUCGCCAUCGGCAAGAAGGGUAGUUUGAUGGUUGGCGGCAACAGUGACGUGCCCAGAGGUCAGCCCCAGCGCCUCCAAAAUGCUGACAACGCAGGCAACCUGGCUUUCGGCACAGUCGACUCUCCUAAUCCUCUUUUGUCCUCGUCCCCGGCCGCGCCGUCCACCACGGGUGGCCACCUUGCGGAUGCCGUCAAGUCUUUCGGCUCGAUCGAUGCGGAGACGACCGCCACGGGAUCUUCGAUGAUCCGCCCUCCCCGAAGGACCAGCGGCUCCACCCCCGCCGACGCCCCUGCUGCCCGCAAGAAGUUGGACGUUCACUCCCUGUUUGCCGGGAAGCCUCAGCAGGCAGGCUCCGGCUCGUCCAUGUCUCCCCCUCCUCAGCAGGGCUCUCCCGCCGCUCACGAUCGUCGUCAAUCGCUUGGUCAGAGCUCUUUCCCUUCAAAUGGCAUGCCUUACCAGCAGAUGCCGGGUCAGCCCCAUCUCCGCCCUCCCCAGGGCAUGCAGGGACAGCCCCGCUCGCCUGUGAUGGGAGGUCAACCGCAGUUUAAUCCUCAGCAGAGCUUCCGUGUCCCCCAGAAUCAACAGCAGGCUGUCCGUCCGGGUAAUGGCCCUAUGGGUGUGCCCCGCCCGAUGAUGGGGCAGCAGAUGCCGUAUGGCAUGCCCUACAACCAAUCGCCUGGUGGCUACCAGAUGAUGCAUCCUCAAGGCAACUACUACGUGAGUGGGCUGACUGCACCGGUCACUGACCCGUCUCAGUAUGGUGUUUCUUACGAACAGAACCAAUAUGGUAUGCCUCAACAGUGGAUGCCUCAGCAACAUUCGCCCAAUAUGCCUCUGUCUCCCCGGUCGGCGCAGGCCCAACUGGGACAGCCUUCCCCGACCCCGCCGAACGCCCAGCUUCCUGGCAGUGCGGGUGGCAGUCCCAUGCCCACCCCUCCUAGCCGCCCGCAGAGCUUGGUCGGUGGGCAGUCCACCUCCUCGCCCAUGCCUACGACCCCUUCUCGUCCUCUGCAGCCCGGAACCCCUUUCACGCCUCAGGCCCCCGCUCCGCAAACUCCUGGGCUUUCUCCUGGUGCUGCGGCUUUUACACCUCGCCCCAAGCAGGUCAUUAAGAUCGCCCGACCCGAUGGAACUCCCGUCAAUCUUUCGGAAGAGGCUGCCGCGGCCAAGGGUCCCACGGCUAGCAGCACUCCCGAGACUCCCGAAGAGCCGCCCAGGAAGAAGAUGCCCACUCUCCCAGUUCUGGUUCGCAUGGAGUCUGAGGAGCAGAAGAAGGCACGCCUCGCUGAGGAGGAAAAGCUGAAGAAGAUCAAGGAGCAGGAGGAGAAGGAGGAAGCUGAGCGCAAGGAGCGCAGAGAACGCCGGGAGAAGGAGGAAGCUGAGCGCAAGGCCAAGCAGGAGGAGGAGGAACAGAUGGCUAAGGCCGCCGAGGCUGCCAAGCAGGAGGCCGAGGAGGUCGUCGAAGCCGAAAAGUCAGCCGAGGAGCCCAAGCCCGCGCUUACCGACAAGGAAAAGCAGGAUGAGCUGCGGCGCAGCCUCAUGACCCCGGCUGCGUCUGUGGUUUCCUCCCCCCUUGCUUCUCCCGCACUCGCUGCUGCUGGCUUGCCGGCUAAGCCUUUGUCGGCGCUCAACCCCGCCUCUGGCUCCCGUCGCCCCACCCCGAGCUCGCUUGACAUUAAGAGCACGCCGUCGGCGCUCUCAUCCGCCAAGCCUAUCGAGAAUUUGGGUUCUAUCGAGUACCCCGCGUCUGUCAAACCGCAGAGUGCUGAGCUCAACGCCAAGAGCGAGCCGGGCAAGUUCCGCUAUGACCGCGAUUUCCUGAUGCAGUUCAUGGAGGUCUGCAAGGACAAGCCUGACAGCCUCCCGAACCUUGAAGAGAUUGGCCUCGAGGCGGAUACGUCAAGCGGGUUCGGCCAGUCUCGCCGUGGAAACCGUGGGCCCAUGGGCUCUUCUAGCCGCACCGCACCUGGACUUGGGAUGCCCAUGGGCAGCGGACGCCCAUUCACAGGCAACCCUAUGGGAUCCUUCGGCUACUCUGGACGCCAGGGUAGCAGUGGUGGCAUGCCUCGCCCCCGCAGCGGUCCCUCUGGUGGCAUGCACAUGUCGAGGCCGCCUCGCGGCAGCAGCGGACGUGGUCACCCCAGAAAGCCCCAGAAUGAGCCAGACGUUGCUCCUCUUCAGGUCUCCGCCAAUGCAUGGGUCAAUGCCCGCUCUGCUGGCACGGAUGAGAAGUCGCCCGUCUACAUCGAACGCAAGGUCAAGGCUCUUCUCAACAAGCUUACGGAGGAGAAGUUUGACUCUAUUUCGAAGCAGAUUCUGGAGUGGGCCAACAAGUCUCGUGAGGAGACCGACGGCAUGACCCUCAAGCUUGUCAUCAAGCUCGUAUUCGAAAAGUCGACCGACGAAGCUCAUUGGUCUGCCAUGUAUGCCAAGCUGUGUCGUCUCCUGUUGGACCAGCUCGACCCUGCGGUCACCGAGGUCAUCGAUGGCAAAUCCGUGUCGGGUGGUAGUCUUUUCAGGAAGUACCUUCUGGGGCGCUGCCAGGCCGACUUUGAGGCUGGCUGGAAGGCGAGGGAGGAGGCCGCUCUUGCGGCAAUGUCGACCAACGAGGCGGAUAAGCAGGCAGCCGCCCAGUCUAACGAGGGCGACGCGCCACUUAUGAGCGAUGAGUACUACGCCCUGCAAAAGGCCAAGCGUCGAGGGCUUGGUCUUGUUCAGCUCAUCGGAGAGCUGUACAAGCUUGAGAUGCUGUCUAGGGGUGUCAUCCGUGAAUGUCUCGUUCGCCUGCUGGGCAACGUUGAGAAGCCGGACGAGGAAGACCUUGAGUCCACCUGCAAGCUUCUCACCACUGUCGGAAAGCAGUUUGAGGCGUCUUCGACUCAGCCUCUGGACCCUGUGUUCGAUCGCCUCAAGGCCAUCGUCAAGAACGACAGCAUCUCUUCGCGUAUCCGCUUCAUGGUCAUGGACGUCAUCGACCUCCGCAAGAACAAGUGGCAGUCUCGUAAGGAGGUCGUUCCUACCACGAUCGCGCAGAUUCAUCAGCAGGCUGCUCGUGAGAACGCUGAGAAGGCUCAAGCCGCUCGCGAGUCCAUCUCUCGUGGUGGCUCUCGUGCCGGCCACUCUCGUCGCGAGGGACCUCAGCCUGGCGAAUGGCAGUCGGUUGGAGCGACGGGUCCCCGCCCUCCUCAGCGCCCCACCGAUUAUUCUAACCUCGGCCGAGGCGUUAGCUCUGCCGGAAUGGCGGCCGCGCCCACUUUUGGCCCGUCCGGUGUGUUUGCUCGCGGCAAGAAGGGCAGCGCCUCGGGCAGCACGCCUCCUCUCUCCCGCCAUUCUUCCACCACCAACAUGUCAAACAUGUUCAACAUUCUGAAUGAGACCGGCGAUAGCGCGGGUGAUGCCGCCGAGGCUCCCCAGCGUAAGAAGCUUCAGCUUGCUCCCCGCACGAAGCCUCUUCCGUCGAAGGAGGGCUCCGACGAGGAGUCUGAGGGUGAGGGCGAGGUUGAGAUGACUGAGGAGGCAGCCAAGAACAAGAUCAAGAUGGAUGCUCAGGAGCUGUGGGGAGAAAAGGACUCAGGUGGCUCUCGCAACCCCGAGGAUAUCGUCGAGUACUACAGGGCUCUUCCUUCCGAAUACCGCCACUUGCUGUCCGAGAAGCUUUGCGAUGACGUUUUCCGUAUUGCCAAGCUUCGUGACGCGGAGGUCGUUGCCAAGGGUUGGUCGGCUGCACUCAAGGAGAACGCGGCCUCGCUGGACGAUUUGAAGAAGGGCCUGGAGGGUAGGAUGCCUACGCUGGACGAUGACGCUAUUGACUUCCCGCAAGCCUACAAGGCGAUCGCGACGAUCAUGCGCAGCCUGGACCUCAAUGCCGAAGACAUUGACGCUUUGGUCGCUAUGAUUGACGUCUAUGGGGAGCCCAAGAUCACGCCAAAGAUGAAGCUCGAGAAAGCGCUGGGUCAGGUGGACGAGGAGGCUGCGUCGGCUUGA